AUAAAUUUAAUACAUUUAUAUUUGAUUUAAUUCUGAUCUGAGUUAAAGUUCCAGUCACUUCUUUUUUUUUAUCUACUUGACUUAUUAUUUGUGAUGUCAUCUUUGGAAUAUCUGCGAUUUGUGAUAUUUUCUGCAAUCCUUUCCCUUGUUCUGACGGAAAGUCCAUGCAAAUUAUCCAAUUCCAAAUUGAGACAAUGGACUCAACCAAUGUAUCAAACUUCGAUAAAUCGACCAUUGUUGCAGGAAACUGUAACGACAAUUGUCAACGUGUCAUUGACAAUGGAGAAGAUGACAAUUUUGGAUCCGACUACUAUGGUAGUUGAAUAUCAAUUGGCAAUGACGCAAAAGUGGCAGGAUCAUCGAUUAGCACCGGAUGACGAGACCAGAAAAUUGGCAGUAAUGGGUGCUAUUUGGCAACCAAAAAUUACGUUUGCUACUACCGAUAUGACUAUUGUCAAAGAUUCUACACAAUUUUGGCGUGGUACUUCAAAUGGGAGUGUCAUAUAUAGCGAAAAAUAUUCUGUAAAGUCAGAUUGUUCGAUGGACAUGAAAAAAUAUCCUUUCGACACUCAAAAGUGCAUUCUCAAAAUUAGCUCCUUGAAAUUAUUUGCAGAUAGAUUUACUUUGGACGAGGUCAAUUUAAAAUGGGAUAUGCAUGAAGCAGUGAUGGUAAAGAAUAUGAAAAAUUCAACAUCAUUUAAAUUAUUUAAAAUAAUAAGUGACGAAAAUGUUGAUUAUCGAGAUUCAGGAAACUUCAGUGUCUUAGUAGCGGAAUUUUUCAUUUCUCGAAACAGCCGUCAUGUUAUAUUAACAUCUAUGGUACCCAGUAUUAUAUUGGUUAUUGUAUCAUAUAGUGUUUUUUGGUUGGAAGGGUCAGCAAUAAACUCGCGUGUCACUUUAUGUAUUUUUGCAAUUGCUGGUCUUCUUUAUCUCCAUGUUUUAACCAGCUGUACUGUAAUUUGUAUCGAUUGCAUCAAAGCGCUUGAUAUCUGGUUUGGAAUAUGUACAAUUUUUACUUUAUUACCUUUAUUGGAAAGCAUCAUAGUAAGCACAUUACAUACAUUCCAUGUGAACAAAGAGGAUAUAAUGUUGGAAUUUGAAAUAAAUGAAGGUCUCAAGAUGUAUGCUACCUGGAUAGAUAAGAUUUUACGUUUACUUCAUCCAGUUGGAUUUCUAAGUUGUGUGUUUCUUUUCCACAUAGUGUUCAUACAGGACUGAGUUUUGGUUUUUCUGCAAUGGCACUCAUAGAAUUCAUAAGUUGCGGUACAUCGUUGAAGCUACUCGCAUCAUCAAAGGAAAAAACGGUACACACAGCAUCCACCUUAUCUUUACACGCCUGGUGUAAAAUGACACUUAUUUACAGAAGUUGUUUUUAAACAAAAAGGAAUAAAGAUAUUUUGCAAUGUA